AUGUGUAAACUCGCGGAGGUUCUACGAGACAACACCACCAUCCAACGGAGUCCCAUAUACAACACCUUUCACAUCCGCCUCCACUCGUCUUGUUCCCGGAUCGAGGAUUUGCGCCUCAAUAACGUCCGCUUCGACUCGUUCGCUGCCUUUGUCCACGUCCUCCGCGGGUUCCCAGACCUUCGCAGGUUGCAAUGCACACGCGUGGAGUGGUACUCCGAUCCAGUAUUGGCUCAAUUUCCGGAGGGUUGUUGUUCCCGCCUCAAAGACGUGUCGAUUGGCCAGAUGGACGCGCGAAGCACAAAGAGACUGGUGGAGUCUCUCCCUUCUUCUGUCGACACAAUGGAGUUUUUCGUUGUUUCCGGAGUUCAUUCGGAAAUCGACAGAUAUGAUAACUCGUUUCCGCGACUCGCGGAUGGGAGCUAUCUUGAUACCAGUUUUCAACAGAUCAUGAAGCUCCUGGAGUCGCGCUUGGAGAGGCUCGACUGCCUCCGAUUCAUCGUGGAACAGGAUCCGCAGUGGCGCGGUUGCGAGCACAACAUAAGAGAACUUGUACUCCCCACGUUUCCCUUGGAGUCCUUGAAGGUGUCGCAGGAGCAGUUUUGGGUCGUGUUGUUCUGCGCGCUGCUUAAAGGGCUGAAAACUCUGAACAUCCCGGAUGUGCCUGGUCCUGAGUUCUGGCCGCCUGUAUUUGUCAUGCAUUUUGUUUCCAGGAAGAAGUGGGACACAGGAGCUGAGAGUUAG